CGCGCAGAGCCGCCACACCGAGCCGUCACUAACCGCAGCUCAAGCUUCGCUCUGAAGCAAACUCUGGACACCACUCCGCUUUCUGCUGUGUGCACCAUGGCAUCGAAACCCCAUCCUCCUCUAAUGAAGAAGCACAGUCAGACGGACUUGAUAAGCCGUCUGAAGAGCCGGAAGAUCCUUGGAGUUGGUGGCGAGGAUGAUGAUGGCGAAGUGCACCGCUCGAAGAUCAGUCAGAUGCUCGGAAAUGAGCUGAAGUUUGCAGUGCGAGAGCCUGUCGGGCUGAGGGUCUGGAUACUCGUUUCAGCAGUUGCUUUCACAGUUAUGGCUCUGAUGGCCCUGAUGUUUCCCAACCAGCUUUAUGAGGUUGUUUUUGAGGAGGAGCUCUCCACGACUAGCAUCUCUGUUCGCCUCUAUGGAGGAGCGUUGCUCAGCCUGGCCCUCAUCAUGUGGAAUGGUCUCUACACAGCAGAAAAGGUCAUCAUCCAGUGGACUCUGCUCAGUGAAGCCUGCUACUUUGCUGUACAGUUUCUAGUGACAUCCAUCACCUUAAUGGAGAUCGGCAUCCUGCCCAACGCUGCCAUACUGCUGCUAAUCAGUCGAGUACUCUUCUUGGUGGUCACCAUGUCUUACUACUACCACUUGGGCCGUAAACCGAAGAAGAUCUGAGCUGACUUGUGAUACUUCGAGGGAGGGGACAGCUGAGCACAGAUCACAAACUUUUGGGGGUUCAGAAGGUUUGGAUAACUGUUUGAUUGGGGCUCAGAGCAUUACUUUGUCAGCCGAUGCCCCCCCGCCCUCUUCCAUGGGACCUAGCUUAACGUAACCCCCGGUAUUCAGCAGAUGAGCACAGUCUCACAUUCCAGACUCAACAACAAGAACGAUACGCUUCAUAGUGAAAGUGAACUGCUCUUUCAGUGGGCAGUGAGGUCAAGCCCCUCCAGACACACAUUCCUCCUUUGUGCAGUUAUAAAGAAGGAGCUAGCAGUUUUAGCGCAUUGCAUUUUUGUGUUAUAUGAUUCAUGAUGUACAGUAGUAAUUUCAAACACAUUACUAUAUAGUUAAUGCACAACCACAAUGAUUCCCGUGACUCAAUGUUUGUUGUAUCACACUCGAGGACCAAGAGCUUGUGCUAUCAUUUGUUUCCUGUGUGAUUGAUGUUAUCUCACAAUGUAUGUACCUAAGUCUGAUUAUCUGAUGUCGUGCAUGCUUUCUGACAGCUUUCCAGCGAACACACUAAAUGAAACUGCGCUUAAUGUGAGAUUCAGAUAAGCUAAGUGCUAGAUGAGUAGCUGUAAACCUUUUCUCACACUGCUGAUAGCUUUCUUGGUCCACAAACCGUGGAAACUAUUUACAAUCUUUAUUUUUUUCUCGCUGUCUCUCCAUCAUGGCCUUCAAUCAUAUUCAAGUUUAGACUACCCGAAAAACAAACUCAACAUUUUUUCAGGGACGAAGGCUUUUUUUUUCUUUUUUCUUUUUUAUUCACUGAGCUGUCAGUCAAGAGGUUGUACCAAAGUGAAUGGGGAAUUGUUUUGUACAGAAUAUUUUCACUACUGAGAUUAUUACAUGUAAUGUUGAUAAAUGCACACGUGAAGUGACUCGUACAAGAGAGGCGGUGUGCAGUGGUCCUCUCCUUGCCGUGUGUGCUCCAUUAGGUGGGACGUCAGCCUCAGUAACGUUAACUACUGUAGAGCUGGUGUGACAAGCCGAGCAUGUCAGUGUGCAGGGGAAACAAACCUGAGCUGGCUCCUCUUUAGUGAUGUAGCACAGUUAUUUUUUUUUAUUUUUCUUUUUUAAACAUAACACCAUAUCCUAGUCUUGCCUUAAAACUACUUUAAAGAAUAGUCACCAACACGGCAUCCUUCUUGUGAAUAUGUACAUAAAAGUAUUACCAUUAUGUGGUGUUCUUGUGAACCAAACAGGGAACUUGUUCAGUAUUAGUUCAAUGAUUUUCAAAGGUUAAUCCUUCUCUGGUGUGUCUUAUUUUGUACCUAUUUAAGUGACAUUUGUAUUUUUGAUGUCAUGCAUGCAAUAUAAUCUACCAGAUGUGUCCACCAAUAGCUCAAACUUUGUAGCAAGCUGCCAUCGACCAGAGAGCUAAGAGUUAAAGAUGUUAAUGACAGUGAAUGGAUGCAAUAACCAAAAAUGGCAAUGAAAAAAAAAAAAAAAUCUGAAAAGGAAAAGUUGACUUUACCAGACAGUUAAAUUAUAUCUUCUUUGAAACAGAUCUAACCCAGCAAUUUACAGUUCCCAACCAAUCAACUUGUUCAGUGCAUGUUCUACCUCCCUUUUCUUGGCAUACCCUCAGGUGCAAGACAUCCUGGCUCAUCUUCAGAGCUGUGCCAGCAGUGCUAAUUUGUCAACUGUGAUCUCCACAAGACACUCUAAAGAUAGGAGAAUCAUUUUGUAAAGUUAACUCAAAACACCAUUUUGACUCAAACAAGGAGCAUACUGUAGGCCUCCAAAGGUGGUCCGUAUUGUUGCAAAUGACCACGUUGAGUCCUGCCCUAGAAGGGAGUGGUACUGAGGUCAGAGUGAUUGUGGGUUUGCAGUAGCAAGUCCAGCGCUGAAGGCAGAUGUGCUUGUUACUUGGGCGAGCGCUCAGUUCAGAUAGGGAACGUGAAACAUGGGUGAGGUCUCCCGUACCCCUCAGCGGUAGUAAUUAUCCUUUUUUCCAGUGUUUAAUUAGACACAGCUCUCCCCAGUUGACAUUGUGUGCCCCAGCUUACACUACUGCUCUGUCCUGACUAGCAUGAUAAUUAUGGAGUUCAAGAAAAAUGUCAUUCCAUUUCCGUCAAUACUACAGGCCUCAAAUCAUCAGCCUUGUGAAAUGUUCAAAGGUCUGUAGAGCCGGUUAUUUUUGUAAAGAUGGGGCAACUUCAGCAGGAGGGGGAAGUAGGGCAAAGAAGCGUUUUCUUUCAUCCUCCUGGUUCUCUGACGUAAAUUAAUCCGAAUAUUACUUUGGUAACUUGUGUGCUCAGAAUUUGGAAGUACGAAGAAAUUGUAAGUUGAGCUAUUCAUUCCCUCAUCCAACAUAUGGUAUACUGUUGUGAAUAGCAUACCUCGUCAAACUGUUUCAAGUUGUAGCAUUGUGUUUUUUUUGUAUAUAUGUGGUAUACUGUAUGUCAGAAAUGAAUUGUUAUGGAUUUCCAUUAUUUAGUUUGAAAUAAAGAACACUUGUUUAUUUUGAAGACUUGAAAA